AAAUCAUGUUUCCUGAUCUUCGAAUCAUAGAUCUCUCUAGCAAUGCCUUAUCGAAAGACUUACCAACGAGUCUAUUUCAACAUUUGAAAGGCAUGACCACUAUUGAUCAAACAAUGAAGGCACCAAGUUCUAAAGGAAAUCGAGUAUACUACCAAGACUCGGUAGUUGCUGUAACAAAGGGAUUGAAGCUUGAAGUUGUGAAAAUUUUGUCUUUGUACACAGUUAUUGAUCUUUCAAACAAUAAAUUUGAAGGACAUAUUCCUAGUGUUCUAGGAGAUCUCAUUGCUCUUCGGGUAUUGAAUAUGUCUCAUAAUGGUUUGAAAGGUCAUAUACCACCAGAACUUGGAAGUUUGUCUUUAGUAGAAUCAUUGGACCUUUCAUUUAACCAUAUUUUGGGAGAGAUACCACAACAACUUUCUUCUCUUACAUAUCUUGAAUUCUUAAAUCUCUCACACAAUUAUCUCCAAGGAUGCAUCCCUCAAGGGCCUCAAUUUCUUACCUUUGAGAGCAAUUCAUAUGAAGAUAAUGAUGGAUUACGUGGAUUCCCCGUUUCAAAAGGUUGUGGCAAUGAUCCUGUGUCAGAGACAAAUUAUACAGAGUCUGCGCUAGACGAUCAAGAAAGCAAUUCUGAAUUUUUUAAUGAUUUUUGGAAAGCAGCUCUGAUGGGCUAUGGCAGUGGGCUGUGUAUUGGAUUAUCCAUAAUGUAUUUCUUGAUCUCAACUGGAAAUCUAAGAUGGCUUGAAAGAAUCAUUGAAGAACUGGAACACAAAAUUAUCAUGCGAAGGAGAAAGAAGCAACAAGGUCAAAAGAAUUACAGAAGAAGAAAUAAUCGCUUCUAGACAAGUUACCAGUAAAGAAG